AUGGCUGACGUCUACAACAUUUCGUCCUCGCCCCCUCCUCGACAUCUGGCAACGUUCGACAUGUCUUCGUCUCCGCCACUUCCCUCGAUUAAGGAUAUUAUCAACAAGAAGGCUCCGGUUUUGUUUGCACGCGGUCGAGAGUCGCCGGUUCCUCAGAAUGCCUCGGCAUCGUUCACAACCGCCUCGGCUCUAUUGAACCAAGCCUCCUCGAAGGACCUGGACGAUGUACGAGCGGUCGCGAAUAUCCACGAUAAAUAUGCUAUCUCGGCGGAUCCGACCCCGAAAACCAAGAAUCCUAAGAAGCGGAAAGUCGCAGCGAAGAAGGUGGAUAAUGGAGAAGCAAAAGUGGCAAAACCUCGAAAGACUGCCGCAAAGAAGGAUGCCGGGGGCGAGUGUGACGAGCCGGUGAAGAAGCUUCGCAAGCCAAGGGCAAAGAAGGCGGAUACUGUCGACGGGCAAGGGGUUGCUGUGAAGGAGCCUAUUUCACGGAAGCCACGAGCUAAGAAGGCCGACAAGGAGACUCUGGCGGAUGAUACCCCCACAGCGAAGCCAACUCGCAAAACCAGGGCCAAAAAACCCGAUAUCAAUCCCCAAUCGAAACUCCCCAAGGGAAAGGUCACAAAACCUCCGGCAACCGGGUCUGGAGAUGGGGCUUUAAAUUUGAAAACCGCAGUGCCCAAAAAAGACACUCUCCAAGACUCUGUAGACUACGGACUUGUGGAGGCCGUCAGGAGAAGGACUGCCUGGACUCCUCCCCCACCAACUGCGCACACUGAGGCCAUAACACCGCUGAGCAUCGACCCAUUUGCUGAUGGCCCGGCGUCGGCUAGUUCGAUUGUGUCAGGAGAAAGGACGAGACGACUCACGGAUUUAAUCGGAAGCUACAGCUUCAUGAAAGCCGAAAACGCCACCAACAGCAAGAAAACAUCGACUGUACAGGCCACCCGAAAGCGCAAGCUCAUGGAACUGGUCAAAACGAGCGUUGCUACCGCUGUGGCUGCGUCUGCGUCCCCCCAAAAAGGGAAAGCACCCAAGAAGAAGGCCAGAACAAUUACAGAACAAGCGACGUCCGCUUAUGCCGAGGCCGAGGACGUGGACGAACUGCCCCAAAUUCCGGCUCCUUUGCUGCAGUACUUUCCACUGCAGACUACGGAGCGAAUAACAUCUGAUGGAUUCGUGAUUCCACAAAAGCCGCGUUCGAAAACCCCUGUCAAAGGGGGGUUAAAAGCCAAGAAAGGGUUAGCGAAGGCGCCAAUUCUGCUAUCUCCCGCAUCGGCUCUGAAAGAAGUCGGCAACCAAGACUUUGUAUUUGGUACAUCGAGUCAGCUUGCACGAGAAGAUUCUCCAACCCUCCUUCGUGACUUGCACGAAGCCAUGCUAGCGUCUAACGAGAUUGACCAUGAUGAUCCUUUGGCAGAUUGCCUCCUAGAGUCCGCACCACAUACAAUUGCGAGUGGUGGAAAGGCUUCUAUUUCGACCAAGCGCAAUCUCUGGUCUGCUGCUUCUCGGGACGCUAGUGGAAAACUAAAAGACAUUGAGAUGGUUGACUUGGCAGACUCGUCUCCCGUGGCCACGAAGAAGGCUCCAGCUUUGGAUAUCUCUGACAUACCUAGCUCCAUACCUAACGAUGAUGACGAAGAGUUCUGGCACGAUGUCGAAGUGUUGAGCCAGAGUAUCUCACAAGAGCCACAGCCCAUCGAAAAUUUUCAAGUCCCUCCAGUCCCUCCACCCGUCGAGGAUGCCAAGAACUCGGGACCUUUACCUACACCACCGCCGACUAGCGUAUCAGAACCUCCGUCUCCCCAGCUAACCAAAGCAGCUGCAUCUAGCAAGUCUCCAAAAGCCAGCCCGCCCUCGCCGAAGCGGAGGACUGCCUCGCCUAAGCGUAAGACUAUCGUAGCCAAGACGAAAGACCUCACCAUGCCCGAUUUUAACGCCUACACGACGGCGCAACUGGCAAAAGACAUUGCAUCUUACAGGUUCAAACCAAUCAAAAGCCGAAGUUCGAUGAUCACUCUGUUGGAGAGGUGCUGGGAAGGGAAGAACAGAGCCGCUCUGGCUAGCUUAAGCACAAACAACAAACCUACCCCGCGGCAGUCGCUGGCCAAAGUAAAUGCGCCAGUGUCGAGCCAAAAGGAAAUAUCUCCAAAACGGGCCCGAGGAAGACCAAGGAGAGAUGGCUCAUCUGCAUCAACAGCGAAAGCCGCAGCAAAGUCCCCUCGGAAAAAAGCCAUGACUACUGUGGAGUUUUUGGAAAUGGACAGUGAUACCCCGUUAUCACAAAUUCGAACGCCAAAGGGGACGCAAAAAAGGACCGAGGAAGUCGAAGAUAUCGUUGAUUCAGAUACACCUACCACGCCAUCGCCUCGCCGUACGCCCGCUCAAAUGAAAAUCAAACCUCUCACCUUGACGAUAACAUCAUCAACUAACGACGAUAGUGUCGAGCUUUCCCCAAUAUCGUCCCAAAAGCUUCUCUUCAAGCAUAUUACCUCGGCGGUUACUGCUGCCCCACGGUCGAAGGAUUCGUCGAAUCCAAGCUGGCACGAGAAGAUUCUUUUGUACGACCCCAUUAUCCUGGAGGACUUGGCGGUUUGGCUGAAUACAGGAGGCUUGGAGAAGGUGGGCUGGGAUGGGGAAGUGGAUCCAAAGGAAGUCAAGAAGUGGUGUGAGAGUAAGAGUAUUUGCUGCUUGUGGAGGGAGAGCUUAAGGAAUGGUUCGAGGAGUCGUUACUGA